AUGAUGAGUUCUAAUCAGGAGGAGGUCACUUUGGGCACUUUUCUCCAGUAUAUUGAAGAUAUGGGCAUGAAGGCUUACGAUGGCUUGGUGAUACAGAAUGCGUCCGACAUUGCUCGAGAGAAUGAUCGCAUGAGGAAUGAAACAAACCUGGCUUACUUGAAAGAAAAGAAUGAAAAGCGCCGGAAACAAGAAGAAGCAAUAAAACGCUUAGGUGGUGAAGUGGUGCGAGGAAAUGAAGGAGGCUAUGUUGGCAAACAUUUCCGCAUGGGAUUUAUGACAAUGCCUGCUCCUCAAGACAGGCUACCACACCCUUGUUCUAGUGGCUUUACCGUGAGAUCCCAGUCACUUCAUUCUGUUGGCGGCACGGAUGAUGAAAGCAGCAGCUGCUCUCGCAAGCAACCACCGCCCAAACCCAAACGUGACCCCAAUACCAAGCUUAGCACAUCUUCCGAAACUGUAAAUGCUGGAACAACGAGUAAAAGUGGGAAGUUGCCAGACAGGACUGAAGUGUCAUCUAAACCAAGGCCUCACAGUGAUGAAUACACUAAGAAGAUUCCACCCCCGAAGCCAAAACGGAAUCCAAACACUCAGCUGAGUGCAUCUUUUGAUGAGACGUACAUCAAAAAGCAUGCCCCCACAAAAUCAGCUCUAAGUCGGGAUGCCUCCUUGUCACAGGUCAGCAGUCCUGCUCCCGACACAGAGGAAGAAGAACCUGUUUAUAUCGAAAUGGUUGGGAAUAUAUUAAGAGACUUCAAAAAAGAUGAGGAGGACCAAAGUGAGGCAGUAUAUGAGGAGAUGAAAUACCCCAUCUUUGAUGAUGGAGGGCAAGAUUCAAAAUGUCCAUGUGAGUAUGACCAUCACAGCUGUUCCUCUCAGUGUGCUACUCCCACAGUGCCUGACCUUGAAUCCUCCAAGUCCUCAGUGCCAUCCACUCCCAAGGGAGUGCUUUGUGACAUCCCCCCACCAUUUCCAAAUUUGCUUUCUCAUAGACCUCCACUCCUGGUUUUUCCACCUGCACCAGUGCAAUGCUCUCCAAAUUCUGAUGAAUCUCCUCUAACACCUCUGGAAGUCACAAAGCUUCCUGUGUUAGAAAACGUGUCUUAUAUCAAACAGCAAGCUGGAGCUUCUCCAUCUUCACUGCCACCUCAUACUCCAAGUCAUCAAAAACUGGAGAAAGACCAGUCAAUAUCUCAUGGAACUAGUACUCCAGGGCACUCCUCUUCACCUCCUCAUCCUUCUACCUUAUACAGAACACAGUCUCCACAUGGCUAUCCCAAAAGCCACUCUGCCUCUCCCUCUCCUGUGAGUAUGGGUCGGUCACUUACUCCCUUAAGUCUCAAAAGACCACCUCCUUAUGACUCUGUACAUUCAGGAAGUCUAUCAAGAAGUUCUCCAUCAGUGCCUCAUUCUACAGCCAGAAACAUAUUGCAAGAAGGGGGGAAAAUGGUAAACACCUCUGUCAACACCUACGGGUCAUCAUCACAGAGUGGUUCACGUUCUAGAACACCUACCAGUCCUCUAGAGGAAUUAACUAGCCUUUUUACCUCAGGACGAAGUUUACUGAGGAAAUCCUCCAGUGGAAGAAGAUCUAAAGAGCCUGCAGAGAAACCAUUAGAUGAACUGAAGAUCAGGAGCCACAGCACCGAACCACUACCAAAGCUGGAAAACAAAGAGAGAGGAGUUCACUAUGGGACAUCUUCCUCCAGAGAGCCAGUAAAAGCUCAGGAAUGGGAUGGGACACCAGGACCACCAGUUGUGUCCAGUAGACUUGGACGGUCUUCAGUUAGUCCAACAAUGCUGGCGGGAAAUAACAGCUCGGUACUACUCCUGUGCUGGUCCCAGAACAUCAGAGACAAAAUAGAACCUAAAGCGAGCUGCCGAUUGGGACGAUCAGCAUCCACAUCAGGUGUGCCUCCUCCCUCUGUUACUCCUCUCAGGCAAGCCAGUGACCUGCAACCAAGCCAGAACCAACCCUACUGCACACCCAAUAGGAGAGGAAAGAAACCUACAAGAACCAGGAGAGAACAACCAAUUCCACAGCCUAGUAAUGUAUACAAUUACAGUAAAGUUACAUGUAUGCAGUGGUUGCAUGGAGACCAUACAAUGCUGGAAAUGAUUGAGAAAAAACGUUGCCUGUGCAAGGAAAUCAAGGCUCGGCAGAAAACAGAGAAAGGUCUUUGCAAACAGGACAGCAUGCCGAUAUUGCCAAGCUGGAAGAAGAACACAGGGACCAAGAAAUAUAGUCCCCCUCCAUAUUCUAAACAACAAACUGUUUUCUGGGAUACUGCAAUAUGA